AUGUCCGGGUCUUUUCUGAAGUGGAUUACGUGUGUGGAUGUGGCUCCGUACCCACAUGAAGGUGAUGAAUAUUUGGUCCAAUCGCGCUCGACGUACGUGCUGAAGUCGCACGAUGGUGGAAUGUCUCUUGGCCUGUUACUACCCAUAGUGGUGGAUAAGCUGAGACAGUUUGAUGAGUUUUUGGUGGAUGAUCGGCAGAGAGUUUUGAAACUCAGCUCAGAGCUUAACACUUUGGACAAGAGAAACCAGGCAAUUGCACGUGUUGCAGGCACGUUGAGACAACAGGAUGCUUUCGAUACUUUGAGAGGAUGGAGAGACGAGUUGUACGUCGUGUAUGACGACCGGAAGGCCCCGUAUUUCAUGGCCGAAAGGGCCUUUUGUCCUCUUCUGGGGGUCGUAAUGUAUGGAGUCCAUAUAAUUGGAUAUGUUCCACCAAAUGUGUCGAGCAACGGUGUGCUCAAAAUUUGGGUCCCAAGGAGAUCAGCUACGAAGCAGACCUAUCCAGGAAUGCUUGAUAACACUGUUGCUGGUGGACUUGGAUAUCCUUAUGGACUUCAAGAGACUUGUUUGAAAGAAUGCUACGAAGAAGCAGGUUUGGAUCCCGAGUUCGUGAAACAAAAUUGCAAGUCUGCUGGUGUUCUGUCCUACAUGUACCAACAUGCCAGGGAAUAUGAAACUGAGGCUGGUCUCAUUCAACCAGAGGUUGAGUACGUCUACGACUUGACUAUGGAUGAGGAGAAUAACAUACCACAUCCGGUUGACAAUGAGGCUGAGGACUUCAAGCUGAUGCCCGUGGACGAAGUGUUAAAAAGGUUAGAGGCAGGAGAAUUCAAGCCCAACUGUGGAGCUGUGAUUAUAGAUUUUUUGAUCAGAAAGGGGUUUAUCACUCCCGAGCAGGAACCAAACUAUCACGAGAUAGUGGCCCGUUUGCACAGACUUUUGCCGUUUCCUACCAUGUAA